UCCAAGCCGAAGGCAAGCGGUUUGCAUGCCGUACUGUGUGAAUUCGGACGUGCUGGCACUGCUUCCGUUGUACGUGCAAGAGAGCUUCCCGUUCUUCCUGACACGGAAGUCCGCUAUUCACCGUGACGUGGUCGCCGAGGUGGCAGACAACCUGAUGCACGCGAAGGGGUUCUCAGCAUCGAGCGAGGCCUUGCAACAGGCACACCUGUACAGGUUCCAUUCCAUGGAGCUCAAGUACUACAGCAUGCUUCUAUGGCGCAGAGAAGAGCAGCUGGAUGCAGGAGUGGAGGACGAGUUUGGAUCCUUUGAGGAUGCGGACGGCUACAACGGCUUUUCCCCUUCAGAACACUACUUGUCUACCGUAUGGUGCGAGCGGAUGCAGCAAUCAAGGGCCGCAAGGCUAGACAAGCACGUGAACGGAGUGCAGGGCGAGGUGGUGCUUCAGAAGGCCUUGCAGUCCGCGUCCCUGCGGGAACUGAAGCAAGACUUGAAGGCGCUCUUCAUCACGCGGUACACAGGCGGUGGCUUCAAGCUGCCUCGACUCGUUAGCACAGACGAAUGCUGCAACGACAAGGCUCUGCUGAACGAGAUCUUCGAAGAGUUGGCUUCCGAGGGGCACCAGUUUUCUGUCACCAAUUCCGUGCCUAUCGCUUCCGAGUGUCCUGUUCUCCACCUGCCGCCGGACGUUGUUCUUGGAGAGCCUGUGAAGGCCAACCAGGAUUCUCCGUGCCUUAAAGCGGCAGUGGACGCGAUCCGAAUGCAGGCAGAGGCCAACAACGGCCUCCUUGCGCUAGAUAUAGAGUGGGAGAUAUCGGCUGCUGGCGCACCGGCCAAUCCACCCGCCACCAUUCAGCUAGCAGCCGGGAAGAGAGUAGUGAUAUUCCACGUCUUGCACGGUCAGCGUUCGGUGCCAGCAGAACUGCCCGAUCCGCUUGUUGACUUGUUGGAGGAUACCAAGCUGACGAAGACGGGUGUGGGGAUAAAGGGAGACUGCACGAGGCUCACUAGCUUCUACGGUGUUGAAGUCGCUCAUGCCGUCGACCUGCGCUCUCUGGCGGUGGAGCGGAAGGUGGAGCUGGGGUUGAGGAGGGGCCUUGCGGACUUGUGUGUCCACCUACUUGGACAGCAGUUGCCGAAAGACCCUACCGUGCGGUUGUCCAAGUGGAACAAGCUCGACUUAUCCGACGACCAGAAAAGGUACGCAGCACUUGAUGCGUACGCCUGUCUUCUGCUUCAUGGACGCAUCGGCGAGCUGUCUGACUCGAUUUUCAGAGAUGCCGAGGAGCUGCAUGUCGGAGAUAGAGUACGGUUGUAUACUCGAGCAGGGAAUGACUGCGUUGGCGAGGGGUGUAUCGUCGAGCACACCGACGAGACCUGGGGGACAACGGGGUUCUACCUGGUGCCUCGUCGUGCUACACGACGUUUCGCCCGGCGCUGGGCUGUACGCCUGGAUAGGGUGCACGUGCCCCGCGCCAAGACCUUGUACCCAGACGCCACCGAUCCCCGUGGUACUCCCGCUACUGCGCAGCUUGCAAGCCGGGUGGACAGCGUCAUCCUGUGGGAUGCAAGCCGCUUGCGGAAGACGACUGCUAUCCUCACGGUAGGAGCAGCAGGAGAGCCAGCAGGAGCGCCAGCAGAAGCGCCAGCAGGAGUGCUAGCAGGAGUGCCAGCAGGAGCACUAGCGGGCGCGCCAGCAGCAGAGGCAGCAGUGGGAGCGGCAGCAGGAGAGGAAGCACGGACGGCAGCAGAAGAGGCAGCCACUAGCAGUGUACACGUAGAGACGAGCACAGUGUCUUGCGAAAGGGGUGGGCCCGGGGGUGGUGGCGGCAAGGAAGGUCCAAGGUUGCCAGAUUCUGUUGGCGAGGCGGACGCAAGACGUGGAGCGGGUCAAGGGGGGACGGAGUUCGUGACUCCUUCCGAGCCGUUUUUUUGUGGGGAGCUAGACGGCAUCGAAGCGCUCAGUUCCGAGUCCGUAGCAUGCUCGGCGGGUUCGGGUGGUUUGGCCGACGAGGGACAAGCAGCAACAGCCGGUGGAGAUGAUGAGGAGGAGGACGAGGUGCCUCUCGAUGUCACCGCAGACACGUCUAGCGCAGAGGUUGAAGAGCUACUAUUUCUCAAGGUUGCUGGGCUAGUUGUCAAGCUCGACACUUUCCACGCGAUGCAGCGGGUGAGUAAGCUCAUCCUCAAGAGCCACGGCGCGUGUCGUGCGUACUUGGCGCGGUUGAGAGACGCUUUUUUCAAGGUGAACGCGGAAGAUCUCGCGGCGGUGGAAGCAGCCCUCCGCCAAGCGGGCAUGAGCAAGGAAGAGGUGGAAGCUAAAAAGGCCAAGGAUUGGGUUUACUUCCUCAAGCGAUGCCGAAGGUUGAUCCCACGGCCAGCAGAGCUGCUCGAGCGUUUUGACUUGGUCAACAACCUGUAUGGCGGGCUUAUUGACAAGAAAACGAAGCAGCCACUGUUUCGAGCGGAAGCACUGGAGGCUAUCAAGCGUCUUCGAGUACACAUCAUGAACGAUUGCUGUAGUGACUCCCCGAACGAGGCGCUGUACUUCGAGGCGGGGAAGGAUGCUGAGACUCUCUGUCCGUUGUUUCGCUGCAUUAGAGGUACCAACGACCUAGAGGGGUACCACCUGCACAUGCGCUUGCUGGUCGCGUGGUGUAUUUCUCCCAGGCUUGCCCAUCUUCUUCUCCUCGAGUACAACUACAGGUGGAACUUACGCCAGAGUAUGAAGAACCGUGGUCUCGACGAGGCUGUGGGGGGGUUCUACGACCAACCAAUGCUUGAGGCCAUCCAGAGGAUGACUUCCAAGCUGUACGGCAAGGCGAAGUACUCCCAAUGGCUGCCGACGAGCGCAUACGGCGACACAGGGGAGCGCAGUGGGUUCGUGCGGAGCAUUUUCCCAUCAAACGUGGUCGGAGGAGGGACGGACUCGGUGUUGGAGAUACUGGGUGGGGCGGAGAACAGCGGCAUUGACCCCGCCUUUGCGGACGAGGCGGUUCCGCUCCCAGAGCUUACGGGAUCGGCAGCCAGGCUAGCAAAAAUGCAAGGAGUGCAGGUACCGCAUAUGCCGGUAACCAGUGCCGCUGAAAAAGCAAAGUUCGGCGACAUGUGGUUGGAGUUUGUCGAUCCGGCUGGGAGGCAGACUUUGCUCGACUUCGACAGCUUUGCAUUGGAAUGGAACAAGGCCGUGUCGCUCAUGGAGGAGGGCAAGAGCGCAGUGAUUCCCAUAUUCCGCAAGACGGCCGGACACCUCAAGGCGUACUGGAAAGCGCACCACGAGCAGGUGAACAUGAGGGACACUUUACGACCUGCCCGGGGUCGAGAUGCUCCCAUCAGAGAACAUCUCCGUGCCCCAGGUGAUGUCGGAGGCCCGGCUGGUGGUCUUGCGCAGCCUUGGAUUCUGGAGGCGCCUGAGGGAUUUCAGAUGCCGGAGCAGCUGCCCUCCAUUCCGCCAUCCGUUCCAGUUGCCGCGGCUCAGGGGGCGUUGGCGGGUGGUGGUGCUGGCGCCCCCGCGAAACCUCGCCGUAAACCGCAGCACUGCGUGGAGUGUGGGCACAAGAUGCGGAUUGGGGUGUUCAAGAAAUACCACCCGCAGUUUUUGUCGGCAGCCCAGCCCAAAAAAUGCACUGUGCCAGAGGGAUUGCGCCGGUUGGCUGUGAGACCAACACAGCAGAACGCCCUAAGGAAAUUUGGUGGGGAGUGCGAGUGUACUGGGGACGCCGCCCAUCUGGGAGGCUGCAAAGGGGUUAGAUAGUCUACUGUAUACUGUAGAUAAUUUACGGUGCUUCGAAGGUCAUCAUCCGACCAUCGGGGCGUUGGUUGAUGGUGCAACACGUUCUUCGCGUCUGGGGCUGGAGUCUCGCGCUUUGAGGAAGGGCAGAAAUGAUUUUCACGACAUGAUCCGACUGUUGUGCACAUUCUAAAUACAUAUUUAUUGAUGGGGUACUCCGAAAAUGUAUCUAAAAACACUCGGAAUGAACCCAAGGACAGCUUCACAGAAAAGCUUCGCAAACUGUGGCAGUCAAAUCGUCAAAGUGCCCCCCAAAUCGUCGAAAACAAGGCGAGAACAUGAAAGAAAUAUUGCGCGCUUCGCGCGCC